CCACUAUAUAAAUACCCCCCAAUCAUCCCCAAUUCCAGUUUACAGAUUCCCCAAUUUUAUUUUUCAGAUUCGCCGCCGCUAAACAAACAUCUCGUUUUGAUUAAGAUGGCUCGUACCAAGCAAACUGCUCGUAAGUCCACCGGAGGAAAGGCUCCCAGGAAACAGCUUGCCACUAAGGCUGCUCGUAAGUCUGCACCAACCACUGGAGGUGUGAAGAAGCCACACAGAUACAGACCAGGAACUGUUGCUCUUCGUGAAAUCCGUAAGUACCAGAAGAGUACUGAGCUUUUGAUCAGGAAGCUGCCAUUCCAGAGGCUGGUUCGUGAAAUUGCACAAGACUUUAAGACUGAUCUCCGUUUCCAGAGUCAUGCUGUGCUUGCCUUGCAAGAAGCAGCUGAGGCUUACUUGGUGGGAUUGUUUGAGGAUACCAACCUCUGCGCAAUUCACGCCAAGCGUGUGACCAUAAUGCCCAAGGACAUCCAACUCGCUAGGAGGAUCAGGGGAGAGAGGGCUUGAUUUCUGAUUCUACUUGGUUAUGUGUUCUUUAAUAUGUUUGCUAUUAGUAUUGUGUUUUGUUGUACGAUCAGUUGAUUGUGGAAACUCUUGUUUCUUUAUUUUGUCUAGUGACCAGUAGGUAUUGUGAUCUUCGUUGUUUGUGAAAACUAAUAGCUUUGAACCUUAAUAUGAAUCGUCUUUCUUGAGUUUA